CAGUCAGUUGUCACCACUGAGCAGAGCCUGACCCUUUCUCAUUCCCCACAGCUGGGUGUUUGUACACAAGGAUAAUAUCCUUCAUCUCUCCAGGAUGAGCAACCCCAGAUUUCUCAGCCUAUUCUCAUGUGUCAGAGCCCUUUUGCUGGACUCCUUCCAGUAGCUGCGUAUCUUUCUUCUUCUGGGGAUCCCAGAAGACCUGGCACUCCAGGAACACCUCCCUUGACCUGCUGGCAGCACUCUGCCUCAUGCAGCCCAGGGUGCCUUUGAUCUCCUGUUCUACAAGGGCACAUCAUUGGCCCGUGGUCAGCCUGUGCUCUUUGCAAAAUGCUUUCCAGGUGGAUCUCAGCCUCUGCUGGUGCCAGGGGUUAUUCCUCCCCAAACAGAGGACUCAGCACCUUCCUUUGCUGAAUUCCAAAAGAUUCUUGUCAUCCCAUUUCUCCAGCUUUUUCAGGUCUCUCUGAAGCAAAAAUAGUUGCAUGGCACCCACUUCUCCCAGUUUUGUAUCAGCUACAGGAAUCAGAAUACUGAUCUAAAAACUGAAAUAGUUGUAUUUAGGCAGCAAUUUGAUAAUAAUAUUUCAUUGCUUGUUACGCAUUUUAAGGUUUCUAUUCCUAUUUCAAUGCUUCCAGGAAGGCUUAGCCAGUGUAUGAUAUUCUCCAUAUCUCAGCAAUGUAUAAGUGUCAGUUUAUCCUCAUGGCCCCCUAUGAGUAAAAUACAAAGUUUCAUUUCUGGAAGUGUGUCAAGGGCAGGAGUAAUUUUCCCAGAGACAUUGAAGCAAAUAAGUCACUGGUCUCAGGUGACAUUUUCUGGUACCAUCCUGCGUUCACAGCCUAAGAGCAAAGACAAUAGACUAAGAGGAGAAGGAAAUAUGUUUGAUACUCUUGGACUCAUUUGUAUGAUUUCGUGGUAUAUGAUGCUAUUUCAUCCCUUGUAUGCUGACAUCCAGUGUAUGGAGUCAGAUGCACAGGAAUCACCUAUUACAAAUGUGAAUGUGGACUGGAGAAAAAUGGAACUGUCCUGGGAGAGCAGCAGGAAUUUCUCUGAGUACAAAUGUAUCAUCAUGGACAUUGGAAAGUCCAUGGAAUAUGAGGACACAGAGGUGAAUAAUCCACUAUGCAGCUUUCCAGUGGAACUACACAUGCCUAUGCACAAAGGGGUAAUCUUUAUCAUUGAAGUGCCAAACACAAACAUCUCAAAACAAUGCAGCUUUCUUCCUGGAGGCAUGAAGGGCUCAGCCAUUGAAAACUUCUCCUGUGUGCUUUAUAAUAUCUUCCUCAUGAACUGCACUUGGCAGGCAGGAAGGGAUGCUCCAGCAGACACACAGUAUUUUCUGUACUGGCAGAAGUCAAGAGAUGAAGAGGAGAUGGAAUGUGAACUUUACAUUAAAGAUGAAAAUUGCAGAAAUGUGGGAUGUAUCUUCCAAAACGUGAGCAUAGGGAUUGAAACAGCUUACUUCCUGGUGAAUGGGUCUAGCAAACACUCUCUGAUCCAGUUCUAUGAUGAGUACAUUGACCUGUAUAAAAUUGAAAUACUCACUGCUCCAUUAAAUGUCACUGCCCAUUGUACCAGAGAUCCAACGGGCUGCAUAAUUACGUGGCAUCCACCCCUUACAAGUCAUGAGAAAAACACAAAGUGUUUUCAGUAUGAAAUUAGCAUACAAAACAAGGAUGAGCCCAAAGAAGAGAAAAAGCUUCCUCGUGUAAGGAAUGACAGAUAUGAAUUCCAAAAUUACAAUGAGAAAAAAAGAUACACUCUGAAAAUCAGAGCACGUGGAAAAAACUGUCUCGUAAGCUCAAAUUGGGGGGAAUGGAGUGAACCCAUUGAGUUUGGUACUGCAGUUUCAAGAAUCUAUUUCCUCCCAUACCACAACCAAGAGACAAAUUCAAUACAUUAACUGAUGAAGAUAUCCAGGUAUGAUUUCUUCUCAAUUCAGUCAAAUUUGUUAACUACAAACCACAACAGGCCAAAGACUAGAAGAACUGACUUAUAGAAAUAAGUGUUAACAUUUGGUCCAAAGCUAAUUUCUGUCACGCAAGCUAUUCUGCUUUGAAACCUGAAAUGCUCUAUGCCAGUACUAAAAAUAUUUUCCCGGAGGUAUUUGCAGACAUACCAGAAUUUACACAUUUACUGAGUGUAAAUUUACUGUAAUUUCUGUGUGUACCAGUUUUGCAAGGUUGCUGUUCAUACUUUAAAAAGAACCAAAGUGAAGAUGCAUUCCAUUAGCAUUUUCGAACACCAACGGUCAUAAAAUAAUGUGAAUAUAUAUUUCAUAAGCCUGACCCAUACCCAUAUAAAAAUCCUGUCACACAUUGCAAAUCAACAGGGCUGGAAAGACUUAACAGUGAAACUAACCUUCCUCUUGCUUCAACACAUGAUUUGCAAUUUCAGUGUUUUGUUGAAGUUGUAUUUGACCAGUACACUGUAGCAGCCUGGUGCAGCCUAUUCUGUGUGUUUAUUUAGCCUAAUUUUUAAAAAGCCUUUUAAUAGCUUGGUUUAAUGCACUUAAAAUCCAAUGCUUUUUACCCUUAUUCCUUUCCCGUUUACAGUAUCUUACACACCUGCACACUGUCAACAGCAAGUAACUCUUCUGUCUGUCUGCACACAUCACGACAACCAGGCUCCAAACCAUUCAUGCUUCCCAAAUCCAUCCAUUUGAGCAGUGGUUUGUAUGGUGACUGCAUAGUGAGGCGAUGCUUUCCCUCAGCUGGCUAAAGCAAAGACAUACUUGAAAUCAGUAAAUCAGGUUAGUCAUUAAUUGCCAAAAAUUCAGUGGGCAACACCACACAUUCCAAUGAGGAUUCCUAAAGUGACACAUAAAUUUUUCUUCAAUAGUUUCCAAAGAAUCCCCAAAUCUCUGUAUACUAAAACUCUCUCCUUUUGGUAACUACACAGCAGCUUGCUGUCCUGAUUAAUUUGUUUUAUCCUACCACCUUUGGCUUCCACAGAAAGUAGGUACGAGUGUGACUUAGAUAGGUUUUCUCAUACACCUUAAGUCAUGGUUUCUCACUUCCUACUAAGCUGCCAGACCUAAGGCUACAGAGCAGCAGCAGUAUACAGCCCAUUACAUUAAAUAAUAAGAGCUAGGAAAGUAACAAGCAGUUUUUGGAAAAUUGCAUACUGAUUGCUUGCUUUUCCUGAACUUGAGUGGCUUUCAAAUUCCUGUGCAUAUACAGUACCAAACAAACUCAAACCACUCCACUACAACCCAGAGGACUUUGUGGAUGAGAUCUGCAAACUGUGGCACAGGAACUUCCGUGCAGGGAGCAAUGCAGCAGCAGCAAUUGCCAGAGUUAAAUGAAGCCCUCACUUUACCUCACAACUGCCAACCACCACUGUGAAGAUAAUUCAUUUGAUUUUGACAUGUUUAAACAGUUUGAUCUACUCUUAAAACCUAAUUUUAUUUUACCUCUUCUCUCCAAACUCAGUACCUUUAACACUGAUUGAAUGUUGUAAUUCUUCAAAAUUAUUAAAAUAACACUGUACAGAAAGUACAUUUUCAAAAGCUCUCCUCCACCGAAUACCAAACAUUCUCCCUGACAUUUAGUGCUAAUGGUUUUUUGAGCUGUUUUGAAACCUGCAAUAUCCUUUGCUAAUCACACCUUUUUAAAGCUUUCAUUUUCUCAUUUUCCCUCUAUUUACUCAAUGACUUUUCACAUUUUCUAAUUCUUUUCUCUGAUUACACAAUGCUUUUCCUGAGAUCACUGGAAAAGCUCAUGAUCAAAAAAACCUAACUUUCUGCACUGCAUCCUUAAAACACUCAUGUUAAAGAACUGCCAAUUUUAUUUGCUUUAAGAUCCUACCAACCAAAUUAUUCCAUGCAUCAGACAACUUGCACUCCUCUAAUCCAUUUUAUUUUACUCAUCUUACUACAGACCAAUGAUUUUCUAGUCAUUCUCCCCAUAUGCUUUCCUCACCAUUCCCAAGUUUUAUCACCUCUUGCCUGGAGUUAAAAUAUAUUCCAAGAACUUGCAAGACACACUCUGUGCAUUUUCCUUGGAGAACAGUAAAGUAGCCCAAAACACCAUGACCACAAAGCCCUGCAGUGCUUUACUCAUUCUUCAGCUUUCCUAGAAAAAAAGUCUCCAGAACACCCUGGUUUGAUGUUCUGCAACAUACCCUCAGUAUGACAGUAAGCUUGGUUUUUUACCUUUUUUUCCCCACCAGUACUAGCCCUCCUUUUUUUUUUUUUUUUUUUUUAAUUAUUUAUCUUCCCUCAAAACUUGAAACCCCAAGUGCUCUGCGUAUUACCAUCUAACCUAGCAGCAGGCACUCUCCUAGAACUCCAGGUUAGCCAAUGUAAAAAUGUCUGAUAGCAACCAAAAUAUUUUAUCUACAUGCCUAGCCAGCACCUACAUAUGGAAAAUUCAGCAAAUAGUAACUGAAUAAAUUCCUUCUAUUGUCUCAGCUAAGGCUGUCCAGUGUAUAAAUCAGCGUCUGUUCCUCCUCCUUCUAACAGCCAGUACUGCUCAGUCAUAUUGAUACAUUCAUUAACUGUCCUUAAAACUGUUUUCUCCUGCCUUGCAAUCAUUUAUUAGCUAUUAAAAUACUAAGAUGUGAUGCUUUUGGUACUGCUGAAACUAAUGUUCAGAAUGGUAUCAACUUGUAGCUUACUGCAUGAUACAGCAUUUUCUUUCCCUUUAGACAGAAUAUAUAAAUCUACCAACAAAAAGUCAUGCUGAGAAAAUAACUACAAUUGAAGAAUGAUCCAACAUUCCAAAAACACACCUGAUUCCCCAACAUGAAAGAAAAUUAUGGAUCCUGCUGACAAGUACUUCAAGCCAGCCUAUAAAAGGACAUAAUCACCUACAGAACUGUGUGUCCCCUUGAAAUCCACAUAAAUGGGAGCAGACGAAAAAAAGGGAGAAAAAUCAGAAAUUUGCUCUUUUCCCUUUGUUCAAACCCACAAUGCCUGGCAACUAAGCUUUUCUGCAAGCACCUACUCUGAAGUGCUUAAACCUUGCUAAGAGGUUCUUCACAAUGUGAGACAAGCCCUCUUAACCAGAAUAAAGCUGUUAUUUCUUGUCGUCA